ACUGUACUUUUAAUCAUUGCAGUCACAGUCAUCAUUGGGUUGUUGUAUGUCUUUCGGGCUGUGUGGCCAUGUUCCAGAAGUAUUCUCUCCUGACGUUUCGCCCACAUCUAUGGCAGGCAUCCUUAGAGGUUGUGAGUCAUCAUUGCUUUCAUAGGCAGGUAGUGAGCCUAGGUAUGAUAGAAGGAAGAGCGUAAUCCAUUGGGAGACCAUGGGCUCAUAGCAUUUUAUAGUUAUAGAAAUUGUUGUGGAGAAUCCUAGACCUCAGCAGAUGAGUUGUUUUUUAUGCUACCCUAAAUAACCCUAAAUAACCCUAAAUAAGUGUUAAUCAAAGAAAUCAAUCUCCAAAACAUGAGUCAACUUAUUCAUUGAUUAAUGUGACUAUUAUACUUUAAUGGUUAUUCAAAAAAGAACUACCGUAUAUACUCGAAGAUAAGCCAAGUUUUUCAGCCCUUAUUUAUGAGCUGAAAAAGCUUCCCCCGGCUUAUAUUGGGGUCAAGGUCAAGCCAGCAGCGGAGCCUGGAGGCCACAGUAUGUUUUCUUUUCCAAAACCUCCCUCCUCUGCUUCUCCUCCCAGGCUGGUUAUCUUAUAUUUUUUUGAGAAAGAGACAGAGAAGAAGUGAAUGUUUUCAAAAGCAAACGGAGAGUGUGAGAGAAACCCUUGCAAGCCAGAUUGCAUGGGCAGAAGGGGAAGAAAAAAAAGAUACUCUUGCAAAUUUGCACGAUUCAUUGCUAUUACUAUUAUUAUUAUUACUACUACUACUAUUUGAACAUUCGAGUCCAAAGGGAGGGAAGGAGGGAAAAAAGAACAACAGAAGGUGUUUCUACUGCAUCUUUUGCAAAGGGUAAUAAUCAACAAAGCACCACAUUUUUUCCUGAUUAUUGAAUGAUUUCAAAUGGUGGGGACAGAUUGGCUCACACCACAUUGUUAUGAAAAGCGGCCAAGAAUCUGCAUCUUACAGUGCCUGGGAGGUGUGCAGUGAUGAGCUGUUUAAAGUAUUUGGGUAUUAUAUGUGGAUCGAAGGCAACAUGUACAAUCUCACCUCCAUAUCUGAUUUUCUGCUGCUGGACUUCUCAAAUAUCAGAGGACUGCAGAUCUUGCACUUCUUUGUGUUCCUAGUGCUGUUCCUGAUCACAACAAUUGGAAAUCUUCUCAUCAUCAUUGCAAUUCUCACAGAUUACCAGCUACACUCCCCCAUGUACUUUUUUCUCUUCUGUUUGGCUCUGGUGGACCUUGGUUCAGUUUCUGUCAUAAUACCCAAAUCUAUGGCUAUGUCCCUCAUGAACGACAGGUCAAUAUCGUAUUCUGGAUGUAUAACACAAGUUUUCUUUUCCUUUUUUUUUGGAACAUCAGAUUUUGUUCUCCUCAAUAUAAUGGCACAUGAUCGCCAUGUUGCAAUCUGCAACCCACUCCAUUACGAGAGAAUCAUGAAUAAGGCAGCCUGUGUUAAGAUGUUAGCGAUUGGGUUGAUUAUAAGUCUGAUUCAUGCCACAUUGCACACCAUUAGCACCUUUGUGAAUACCUUCUGUUCUAAUAAUGUCAAUCAGUUCUUCUGUGAAGUUCCACAAUUAUUAAAACUCUCAUGUUCUGACCUAUAUCUAAUUGAAGUAGGGCUUGUUGUUCUAAGCCUCAUUAUAGCAUUAGGAUGUUUUAUCUUUAUCAUCAUCACAUAUGUUCAGAUCGUUGCUGCAGUGCUCAAAAUCCCCUCUGUACAUGGUCAGAAAAAAGCCCUCUCCACUUGUGUUCCCCACCUCACUGUUGUCUCUUUACUAUUCAUCACUGCAAUGUUUUCUUAUGCAAGGCCUCUUAGUGAUAUAUCUUCCAGUCUAGAUUUGAGUUUUGCUGUCAUGUAUUCCAUAAUUCCUCCCAUGUCAAAUCCAUUCAUUUAUAGUAUAAGAAACAAAGAGAUCAAGAAUGCUUUGAAGAAAGUGUUAUAUAUGAAGCUCAUUCCUGCAAAACCAUCUUUAAGAUAAUUCUGUGACCAUCAGUUUGUAUGAUCUUUCACAUGUUAAUGUUUCUCUCUUAAUGAGUAACUCUACAAUAUAAAAUUUUUAUUUAAGCA